UGUUUACUUCUCCUUGGCAACAGUGCUGACUGUGACAACACAGUGUUGUUUGCUGUUGAUUUCCCCAGGAGCUUCUUAACUGAAGUAGAAUUAACAUCACAAAAAUGGAUUCAGAGGGUCUUCAUCUAAACAUUGACUACGUUGGAAGUAGUGGAAUUAUUCUGAGUCCAGAACAAAAGGCUGCUUUACAGACUUCGCUAGUUAUAUUAAAGAAUUCUGGCAAAUUUCACAGAGUUUAUUUCUGGGGUAAAAUACUUGGUGUAAAAGAUGAUUACUUCAUUGCACAAGGUGUUGGGAGAGAUGAAAUGGAGGACAGGAAAACCUUCUACAGCAAAGAUUGUGUCCAUUGGGGUCUUUUGCCACCAGCGACUAAAGCUAUGAGGGAACAAAGCAAGCUAGCCAAAGGUAGAUUUACCGGGGAUCCAUCCUACGAAUUUGAGCACACAGAACAGAAGAAAGCAGAAGAUGGUGAGGAACCUGGGGAGGAGGAGACGAUAACAAUCAAAGAAGAAGACAGGUUGUCCUCAGUUAUUGCUGAAAUUGAUGAAGAUGUGAAAAUUGUCCCACGAGCAGCCUUUAUCAAGACCCCAGAAGGAAAAGUCAUCGCAAAUAGAAGUUUUGAAGGAUUGUCCGUUUCGGAAUCAGCCAAGCUGUGCUCCUACAUGCACUUCCGUGAACCCAUCAGUCUCCAGGAGAAGACCCUGCUCCAGAAGGCUAACCUUGACAAGGCCAUUGACUUCAUGGAUACAUUGGAGGAGGAUAUCCCUAAAGGUUCCUGGAGUCUGCAGUUUGAGCGCGGAAGUGGACUGGUCACUCUCCGGAGUCUGUUGUGGUUAGGUUACAUUAGUUAUCACGUCCCCGGCACCCGUCUAUACGGAUCCUGUUAUGUCGGUAAUGGAGAGAAGAACCUCGAUCUGCCGUUCAUGUUAUGAGGGGGCGGGACUUUGUGAUUGUGACUGUGGUAAUCAGUGAAGAGACCUCAUGUAAUGUCGAGAUUCAUUGUGAGAGACUUCAAACUCAAAUCGUUACUUGUACAUAUCAAAUUAUAUAUACUAUGAAAAAAUAUUACACUAAAAUAAAUCAUUUAUAAUUUUA